UAGCGGCCGCCGUCGCUACCACAUGAAUACUGCGACAAAAGUGGGAACACGUAGGGUCCUAUGAUCAAUGAACUCCGAGUGGAUGUGUCGGGGCCGUAGGUCGGGGCGUGCGAGCGGUAGAGCCUCGUCGACUGUCUCUCUCGUUUCAUCCAUCAUUACGGGCCUUUUGUUCAGUGCUUUUCUACGGCGACGUUCUAUCCGUGAAAUUCGUUACGGUACUCAUGUUACCAUGCCGUAAUUGUGUUAGACACGUACUUAUCAGUCAAUAUUUUCAUCUCCGUACGUGUAUCUGGAACUUGUUUUCGGAUAUCCGACAGAGAGAUGACCACCUAACGGAUACCAUAGAUCGUCGUAUUCCUCGACGUUCUGAACGACACAUACCGCGAGCUCCAAGAGCCUAUAACGUCAAAUUACCGUCGUAAGAUAAAUGGUAAUCACGCGAAGAUGAAUGACAUUGAGAAUUUGGGAAUUAAUUCCGCCGGGGGCAUCGGCUCGAAAAUGCCGCACAGCCACUCGACACCAGCCGGCGUUGACGGCGGCAGCCGGACACCACCUGCAACGCCGAGGAAGGCUGGCAAAAUGCUCGCUGUUCGCGUACAGAUGCUCGACGAUACCGUCACAAUGUUCCAAGUUCAGGCAAAAGCGUUGGGCAGAGUAUUAUUUGACCAGGUUUGCAAACAGCUGAAUCUCUUGGAAGCGGAUUAUUUUGGAUUGGAAUACCAAGAAUUAAAUGGGACAAAGUAUUGGCUGGAUUUAGAGAAGCCUGUUUGCAGACAAGUCGGACUUACUCUGGUAGACCCGCUUCUGCGGUUUUGUGUGAAGUUUUAUACCCCAGAUCCAGCACAAUUAGAGGAGGAGUUUACCAGAUAUUUAUACUGCUUACAAAUAAAACGGGAUUUAGCUCAAGGGUCGUUACAAUGCAAUGACAAUACAGCUGCGCUAAUGGCCAGUUAUAUUGUGCAAGCUGAAUGCGGUGAUUACGUUAUAGAGGAUUAUCCCGAUCACACUUACCUGUCGACAUACAAAUUUAUUCCUCAUCAGGACAUGGAAUUGGAACGUCGUAUCAUGGAGAAUCAUAAAAAACAUGCUGGACAGUCUCCUGCGGAAGCAGACUUGAAUUUAUUGGAAACGGCUCGGAGAUGCGAAUUAUAUGGAAUGAAAAUGCAUUCUGCUAAGGACCACGAGGGAGUUCCUUUGAAUCUUGCUGUGGCACAUAUGGGUAUCGUAGUCUUUCAGAACUACACAAAAAUAAAUACAUUCAGCUGGGCAAAGAUAAGGAAAAUCAGCUUUAAACGAAAACGAUUUUUAAUCAAAUUACAUCCUGAAGGCUACGGAUAUUACAAAGAUACAGUUGAGUUCUUUUUUGAGGGGCGCAAUGAGUGUAAAAAUUUCUGGAAGAAAUGUGUCGAAAAUCAUGGAUUCUUCAGAUGUUCUACUGUAAAACACGUUGUUCGGCAAAAAACUCGAGUCUUGAGUCGCGGCUCGUCCUUUAGGUACAGCGGCAAGACUCAGAAGCAGAUUGUAGAAUUUGUCCGAGACAACUACGUCAAGAGACAAACGUUUCAUAGGUCCAAUUCGUUCCGGCAGACUAGCGGUGGUAGGGCACUGCAGGGCUCGGAGGGGGGAGGUUAUCGUGGCGCCACCCCAAGCAGCUCCCUUAUGGGCAGCUCCAGCAUCUCUGCCCACCCCCUCCUGCCCCUUGGCGACCCUGUUUUGGGAACACCAGCUCUGUCUCUGUCAUGCGGCUCGAUGACACUGGAUUCUCCGACGACUGCGACGAGUGUCUCGAUGGGAGGGACGACGGAUCGCCGUCGCGAAGACACAGCUACGUCCUUUCGGACGCUCACCUCUAUCGACAUUCACUCCCCAGCCACUCCCAACCUGGCACCAGCGCCAUUGCAUCAUCUUCAUGCCAGCAGUCAGCAGCGGAUUUCAACAACAGACACAGAGUCAGAGUUACAACAGCUUGUGCACAAGCAAGAAAACAACAACUCGUUUUACAAUUCAUCGCAAACUGAAAAGUGUCCUAAUGGAAGUACGGGUAUUAGCACCAACGGCGUAGAAAACGUGCCAGACCUAAGUCCUGUCAAGCAAAUGAAAAAUGGAGAGGUUGAAGAUAGAAAGACGAAGAUCAUUCUUUCACCUACCAAUGGAUUUCAUUUGCAGAGAUGGCCAACCGAUAAAGCAUAUUAUAUUGCCAAAGAGUUGUUGAUGACUGAACGAACAUACAAAAAGGAUUUGGACAUCAUAAAUUUGUGGUUCAGAGAGGAAGUAUCGAGAGAAGCCGAGCUCGAAGCUGGUCCAGCCGUUGCUUUGAUAGAACUACUAGCUGAUGCACACGCACCUUGUCUUCAGGAGAUGGAAGCGAGACUUGCCAGAUGGGAGGGGAAUGCGCGUCACAAUAUCGGCGAUUUUUUAUACAAUACUUUAUUGAACGUACUUCCGCUCUAUGACCAGUAUUUAGAAAAUCUCAUGCCAGCUCUUGAGAAGAUCGAGUAUUCUAUACGAACUUCACGGAGGUUUGAUCAACUUUGCCGAGAUUUCGAAUCCCAGAAGCACUGUUACUUACCUCUCAGCUCUUUACUUCUGAAACCGUUACAGCGGUUGCUUCAUUACAAUAGCAUUAUCGAUAGACUACUCGAUCAUUAUCCAAAAGAUCACACGGAUUUUGAAGACUGCUUAGCAGCAAGGGAUCGUCUUGGCGAAACAUUGUUAGAAGGCCUCACCGUAUUGAAUCAGGCGGAAAAUUUGGUCCAAUUAUGCGAAUUGCAAAAAGAUAUAAGUGGAUUUGACGAUCUCGUGCAGGACGGCCGAAGAUUUAUUAGACAAGGUUGUUUGCAGAAGUACAGUAACAAAGGAUAUCAGCAGCGGAUGUUCUUUCUGUUCUCCGAUAUUUUGCUGUAUACGUAUCGAACCCAACAACCAAUACAGUGUUUUCGAGUCCAUGGUCAGUUACCCCUCAAGGGAGUCAAAAUACAGGAUGGAGAUAACAAGACUGGAACGGAUUUCGCAUUUGUUAUCCAUGGAUUGGGGAACUCGCCCUUGACAGUCGCGGCAAGCAAUGAAGACGAAAAAGAACGCUGGCUGGAAGACCUGAAUGUGACUAUCGCGCAAGCAACCGAUUCGGUAGAUGGAAAAUGUCCUUAUUUAUCAUCCAAAUCUUGCAUCUUAGGUUCGACCGACGAAGUUUCGGACGAGCCUGGAUCAAGAGAGGUAGAUAGAACUAAUUGUGGAGGUGCAAAGACUUCGCAACGGAGCAACACGACGGUUCACGUCUGCUGGCACCGGAAUACUAGCAUAAGUUAUAGUGAUCAACUUAGAGCAUUUCAGAAUCAGCUCAGCGGUUUUUUGUUAAGGAAAUUCAAGAACUGUAAUGGCUGGCAAAAGCUUUGGGUUGUUUUUACGAACUUUUGUCUGUUUUUCUACAAAUCGCAUCAAGAUGACUUCCCAUUAGCCAGUUUGCCAUUGCUGGGAUAUACAGUAUCGACUCCAACUGAGAAAGAUGGGAUCAGCAAAGAUUUUGUCUUUAAGCUGCAAUUUAAAAAUCAUGUCUAUUUCUUUAGAGCAGAGAGCGACUAUACAUUUGGAAGAUGGAUCGAAGUUAUCGGAAGUGCGACGCAGCAUAGUCAUAUAUCAGUUAGUUUUACCCACAAGAAAAUCGUUGGUGAAUUUCGUGACGGAUUAAACGAAGCUGAGUAAUAAUAAGCAGAAGCAAUAAAGAGAAAUUACUGCAAAAUUGAUGAUAUGUUGUGUAAAAAUCAACACACUCAAUAGUCCAGGGCCUGAGUUUUGCCAGUAAGAAUAGUGCUUAUGAACCGUAAAGCUGGACUUGUCUGUGCGACUAGCAUCUUCUCGUGCUGGCAAACACUGACCGAGUUAUCAUUUAUAGUCACACGCGUACCAAUAUCAGAAAUAAAUUUAGAGCUACAACUAUUAUCUUGGCAAAACUGAUGUAGCAAUCAAAAGAGUAAAGCGACCAAUAUUUUCAUUAUUUCACUUCAAGAGAAGGACGGUACCUGCUGUCUCUCUUACUGUGUGAGACUCAGGUCGCUCCACAACGAGUGCAUGAGAAAAAGGAAGUGCACGCAUUUCUCCUAUCCCAGUGAACGCUCUCCUAUUUCCCAUCUGCUUCAACCCGACUGGCAAAAUAUAUAUGGAGUGAAUCUCAAUGCUCCGCAGUGAGUCAAGUCAGCCAACACUGAUUCUGUUCUGAGAAGAAGGAAGUAGCUUUUCUGUUUUGAACAGAGAUUUAUUGAAAGGCAAUUGUAGGUAUGCGGGUAUAAUCUUCCUAAAAUAUGGCAAAUAAAAUUUCUUACUUUGUUGUUCACGAGAGAAAUUCAAUAUUAUGAUACUUCGAACCACAAGUCAGUAACUGGAGUUCAAUACAUCUGGUAAUUAUUGAUGAAAAAAGAGUAAAAUGGAUGCUGGUUGUACGGUAAUGAACAGCAUUCUAUUCAGUUUUAUACAGUGACGAAUUGCAUCAUCAAUGCGUUGGGAAUUCAACGAUUUCUCUGAACCUGUAUCAAAACAAUAUUCUACCCUGUAGAUAACGUCAGAAAUUGUACAUAUAAUCAUUGCAUAUUGCAUUGCGUACAUGAAUAGGUAUAUCAAUAUUACCAAUUGUACAAGGAAAUAGGUAUACAUAUAUAUAUAAUAUGCAUAUCGACAAAAUUUAAUCUGCGUAAAUUGGACCAAUUCACAUUUCAUAAUGUAUAGUUUUAUCUGUUAGGUUGCGUUGACAAAAAAAGAAAAAAAAAACAAUAAUUUUGAUGUGGCAUUUUUACCAAGUUUUCAAAUUUCAUUUUAUGAUGGAUAUCAUUUUCGCAUCCUU